UACAACAAAGCCAAGCAACGAUAUUUGCAAAACAAAGAGGGGCUGAGCCCUGUUCUUCAUCUUGCUUCAGCUGCUGAAGCUGGAGGUCUGCCUUUGCACCAAUCCUAUUUGGCUGGUGAAAACACGGUUGCAGCUUCAGACACCACGACAAGCUCAUCGAUAUUCUGGUUUUCAUGGUUAGCUCUGAUCUUCUACCAACUGUUCUUAUUCUGUGCCAGUAAGUUGAAGUGUAACUUUCACUAUCGUCUUGUUUCAGAUGCUCUUAGAACCAUAUUGAAAGAAGAGGGAUGGAUGGCACUUUACAAAGGACUCGUUCCUGGUCUUUUUAUGGUUUCACAUGGUGCUAUCCAGUUUACAGCAUAUGAGGAACUUCGGAAGAUGGUUAUCAAUAUUAGAACUGAGGAAAAUGUACAAAAUUCUAAUGUAGCCGAAAAUUUACUGGAUUCAUUUGAUUACGCAGUAUUAGGUGCUUCUUCAAAAUUAGUUGCCGUUCUUUUGACAUACCCUUUUCAGCAACGACCGGAAAUUCCAGGCAUUCCAAGAUAUGUGGACAGUUUGCACGUUCUGAAGGAGACUGCACGGUUUGAGGGCAUACGAGGAUUCUAUAAGGGUAUCACAGCAAACGUGCUGAAAAAUGCCCCUGCUGCUUCACUUACAUUUAUUGUGUAUGAGAAUGUGCUGAAUAUGUUGAAACUCGCAGGGAAAAAAGAUCUAUGAUCUUACUUCAUCUUGUUCUUGGCUUUCCUCUCCGAUUCUAAAAUGCUUAUAGUUCAUAUUCUUUUAUUAGUUAUUAUUGUUUUGGGCCAAAAUAAGUAAAGGGUCGAUAUUGUAAAAUCGGCUUGUGCAGCCGCCUAGACCCUAGGUGCCCUAAGCUAAGGCGGUUUUGAGAAAAUCGGCUAAAAAGUUUUUCAGCCUACCAGCCAACGCAGAGGCCGAAAAUUGAUGUAGGCAGCCGAUUCUAGUGGCCCUACGAGGCGGAAAAAUGGAAAGCAGGUCAAAAACUGAAAAAAAUAAAGGAAUGCAAUGUUUUCUGGGUAGUCUAAGAGCUAUGUGUUGGCUGCUAGCAAUUUCUGCAACCCGAGUUCAUAUGAUGUUUAAGUAUUUUGUCAACAUGUAAAUUGCAAUUAUGGUCAUUUGUUUAUUUUAUUUUUUAUUUUUAU